CCCGUCCUAUAAGAACAGGCUGCGCCAAAAUCCAUGUUUCUGCCUGUAGCCAUGAAUGUGAUUGCUCCUCCGCUGCUGCUGCUUCUCACAGCUUGUAUGGUCAGCGGUGCGCUGCUGCCCAAGGCCUUAUGGCAGUUUGGGAACAUGAUCUCGUGUGUUCAGCCUGGUGUCAGCCCUCUAAAAUACAACGAUUACGGCUGCUGGUGCGGCCUUGGAGGGAAGGGAAGCCCUCGGGACGAAGUGGACAUGUGCUGUAAAGUUCAUGAUAAAUGCUAUCACACAAGCAGAACAACUCCUGGAUGCACAGCUAUUGCUGACCUUCCUUAUGUUCUUGUUUAUGAUUUCACCUGUUCAAAUCAAGAAGUGACCUGCGCAGCUACCAACAAUAAGUGCCAGGCUGCCGUGUGUGAGUGCGAUCGGGUAGCGGCUCACUGCUUUGCUCAGGCCACAUACAACCCUGAGAACAAGAACCUGGAUCCCAAAGUCCACUGCAUCAACUGAGUUAUAUAACCCACACACACAAAAAAAAACAUGCAAGAGAAUGUUGGAUUUCUGACUUUUAUUUUUAAAAUUUAAAUUUCUCUAUAAUUUUUAAAAACAAAACUUGAUUUAAAAGACGUUUGAUUUUGUAAAAAAGCAUCAGUCUGAAAUAAAACAUGCACGUGA